AUGUGUAUCAAAAACAUUUACCACAACGUCUACGUCGAUGGCGACAAGGACGUCACUGAGCGGGUUGACGCAUGUCGUUCCGGCCAUAUAUGCAGCGAGCCUAUCGUGCGUGAGUUCGACCGCAGAAUCAACUGCACCAGGCUACAACUCUCGACUUCCCCUGGACGGACGGACUCUCCCUCCUCCUCACUGAAGGACAGGCAGCCAACGCCUUACUACUUUGAUCACCGGUCACCUCCGCAUUUUGGAGACGCUGAUAGAGAACGACGGCGUGAGAAGCGUGCCAGCCAGCAGCGAGUCUACGUCGACGGAGACCGUGUGACCGAUUAUGGCCUACGCAGGAGCGGCUCUCGCCGGACUGAGCCGAUUCCUAUCCCCAAGGUUCAUCGCUCAUCGACCAUGCCAGUCGAAGACGGGUACUACAGCGAGCCAAGGCGCGAGCGAUCACGACCUAUCGUCGUCGAGAAUGGCGACCGUUCUCGCCGGUCUUCAUCACAACGGCGAGAGUCAUCUGCCGUUCCUUUAGGCCCUUACGAUGUGCUGUACAAUUAUGGUGCUGGGUCUUCCCGAAGGGACCGCGAAAAGCAUGCUCGGGACUCCUACCUGGAACCAUCACGCUCCCAUCGCCGGCACUCGAAGUCACCCGUGGAGGUCUAUACGGAUCCAGAGCAACAUGACCGCGGUGAACGUCGCCGCUUGAGACGCGCGAAGCCUACGAUUGUUGAUGGCCCUGCUAUGACCGGCGUCUCCGCUGAUGUUAUCUAUGGUUCUUCCCCAUUCGCCGGGUCAUAUGGCUCCUCGUAUGGCUCACACCCUUCCGAUGAUCACUGGACACGCCAGCCCACGUUCGGCACACAGACACCUCCGGAUAGCCGCGCUCCGGCUGUGAAGGGUGUUCGUUGGGAUGACGACCCACGUGCGGCUCAGAAUGCGAAGAUCAACAGUCGGCCCAAGCUAAGCCGUUCUGCGACCAUCACGGGGGCUGGGACUGGCUCGCACCUUCACGGUGAGGUCAAAGGGAUCCUGAAGAACACCAAUCCUACCACCUACGGCACAGCUGCAGUGGCAAACUCUGGCUCUGCACCAGCCGUCCAGCCUCUGCGACGCGAGGAGCUCGACGACCUCUACAAAUCUGUCCGAGGCAUCGGCGUCGAUGAGAGGGAGACAUCGGCACAACGACAGGCCAGACGUGAGAAAGAAGAGCGCGAUGACAGAGAAUAUCGCGAUCGCCUUAUGAACCGAUUCAGCCCCCGCGAUCGACGCUCAUCAUUUGACAUGCCACCUAGGCGUUUUACCAGUGAGAAGGGGUCAAGAGGAGGCAGGAGGUCUGAGGUGUUCUACCCUGACGAGGGAAGAUACAAGUACACUCCAGGGUAUUGA